GCGGAAGGGAUGGCUUGUGUGGCUGGAGGCGAGGCAAGUCGCAAGGGGCACGGUGGAGAUGCGAUGCGACCCCGCGGAGGAGCCCCCGCCUCUCCUACCCUCCGAGGCCCUGCUGUGGCGUGGACCAGCUCUAGUAUACAAGCCACAGGCGAAACAAGGAGGAGCCGGGGGCAAUCGGAGGGGCGCGCGCGUGCAGCCGGCCGAGCCGAUCCACCUCGAUGUUGACAAAAUCACCAGGAUUGCCUUUGGUGACUACUGAUACUACUGCGUUUGGCUCCUGUACUACUGCCAAUAUCUCGAGUUCACCGGUUGUGAAACUCUCUAGCAAGAAAUGCCAAGGAAGAUUGCAUGUCCAGCAAAACAUUGAACUUGGGAGACCUCGAGAUGCAAGUCAGAAAUGGCGGACUCUAUCAGCUGAUCAAGCUCAAGCUUCUGUUGUAGAUGUUGAUGAAGAGUGCAAACAGGUGCUCACUUCACUAAAUUUCUCCGCUGAAGACGCUGAGAAGAUGUUGAAGAAGGCAUUUGGAUGGAUCCACUCGCCUUAUUGGAGCGAAGAGAGAAAGAAGGAGGUUCCAAGUGCUGAGGUGGUAAAUGGAGUAUUGAACUACAUCAGGAGUCUGGGGCUAUCUGACGAAGACCUUCACAAGUUGCUGAAGAAAUUUCCAGAAGUUCUUGGGUGUGAUCUUGACAGGGAGGUAAAGCUGAAUGUGAGCAAGCUGGACAGUGACUGGGGAAUAAAUGGGAAAACCCUGCGGAGUCUUCUUCUGAGGAAUCCAAAAGUUUUAGGCUAUAAUAUUGAUUGCAGAGGGGAUUGUAUGGCCCAGUGCACCCGUUGUUGGGUUAGGUUCUAAUGUUCUGUUCUACAUGACCACAUGAAUGUUCAGAAACUUCAGAGAGCAUUCCAUUGGCUGUGGGAAAAUUGAGAUGACAUUUCACUGCGCAUUUUUCUGUAAAUUAGCACCUGCCAAAAUACAGCAGCACCAGCGCUUUUGUAGUUGAUGGAUAGACACUGUGUUAGUUCAUGUAUACAUUCUCAAGAGCCAAACAAAUACUGUCUGUAAAAGAGUUGCAAUAAAUAUGGCCAACACCUGAAUGAUCUGUGGUACUUCAAUCA